GUGAGGGCAUUGUAGGAAAAGCAUAAGAGUUUCAUCCCACGACACGACUUUCUCUCUCUCUCCUCAUUUUCCUUCUAUUAAAAGCGGAAAGACUUUAAGAGCCCGAAACACUGACGCUCGACGGCUACUUUUUGAGAUCUCAUCGUAACGCAUCUUUCUUCGUUAUUCACAAAUUCUAGGUGUUACGAAAUGGCUGAACAGAAAAAAGGAAUGAGGAAGCCAGUUUUCACGAAAGUUGACCAACUUCGACCGGGUACCAGUGGUCACAACCUCACUGUCAAGGUUGUUGAUUCGAAGUUAGUUAUGCAGAGAGGCAGGUCCGAUGGACCUCAAGUACGCCCAAUGAAAAUUGCGGAAUGUUUAGUUGGAGAUGAGACUGGAAUGAUAAUUUUUACUGCUAGAAAUGAUCAAGUUGAAAAGAUGCAAGCGGGAGCUACAGUAACCUUGCGCAAUGCAAAGAUCGACAUGUUCAAGGGAUCAAUGAGGCUUGCAGUUGAUAGGUGGGGUCUUGUUGAGGUGGCAGAGGAUCCCGCAGAUUUUACUGUUAAGGAAGAUAACAACCUAUCACUAAUUGAGUAUGAACUUGUGACUGUUGUCGACGGGUGAAUGGGAACUUAAGCAAACUUUAGUUCCAUCCUUCCAGAAAGUUGGAACUUGAGAAAUAAAAGAAGGAAUCAAACAAAAAAAAGAAAAGGCCAAAUUUAUGUAGUUUUGUCUCCUGGGCUUAUAAUACUCCAAGCUGCUCGUGAAACCUUGCCUUUGUGGAGGAGGAAUUUGAGGCUUCUAAUCACUACCAAAAUUGAAGAGGUGAAAAGAAACCAUUUUGCAGCACGUGAAGGCAGCUUGUUGGAUUUUGGACCCCUCUUUACUCUUAAAUUAUGGUAUUGGUUUUGUUUUUCUUAAGUCUCUUUCAGUUAAAUAGUUUGGAGACAGAUUUUUACUUGGUUUCAUGUCAUAUAUAAGAUGGAUGAUAUUUGAGAAUUGA